AUGGCAGAGAAAAAACUACGUACUACAUCGACAAUAGAACGUCCAAGUUCUGCUGUUAGUCAGUCAGUACGAUCUGAAGAUAUAUCUAAUAUUAGAAUGGGUAGAUUAUACAAUGUUGUUGUUAGUAAUAACCGAAAUGAUAUGAAAAAUUGUCAACGAUUAAUCAAUCGAUUAACUGAAGAAGUUUUUUCCAUCGAAACACAUUCGAAGGUAGCAGACGAGCAACAUGAUCUAUGUUCUGAAAUGGAUAAAUCGGCUUGUAUCAUACUUUGUAUUAGUGGAAACUAUUAUGAAAAUUCAUCAUGCAUAUCAGAGGCUAAGUAUACUUUUCAAACGGAUAAAACCGUUUCCCUCGUUAAAAUUCAAAAUAAUUCCAUACUUGAUUGGAAUAGUGAUCCUUUUGAUAGGAAAUUAUUUUUUAAUUCACUUGGUUCAGAUCUUUACUUUGAUUUGGAAUAUGGCCGACUAUUAAUUGAAUUAGUAAGAUAG